AUGAAAUACUCGUGGUUGACAGGCGCUGCAUUGGCGAUUGUGGCGCCGGCAUUGGCGCAACAAGGAAGAUGGAUCAAAGAUCAAGUUAACGCGACAAUGUGCUAUUGGGAGCAACCACGAGCCAUGGUAAUGCGCGAUACACUAUACAUUGACGGAGGUGCGCUUUGGUGGCGCCCUGGCAUGAUCGACGGCUCUUAUGGACAGCCCACGAACGAUGGGAAUCCUCUGAGCUUAGUGUAUCGGCUUAACUUCAGCCACCCUUUCAACACCACGCAGAAUAUCAGCGCGAUCCUGGACACCUUAUCCAAGACGGGCGGCGGCGGGGCAGGGAAUAAUAUCGCCCCUACCUAUCUCGAUGGCGCGAUGUUAGGCAAUGACGCCGAGUGGUUUCUCUACGGGGGUGUUACGAGGAAGACCGAUGCUUUUGAGCAAAGGCCUAGUACUGAUAUCCUCGAAUACGAGGCCUUUGCGUAUGGCGUUGACAACCUCGUCACUCCUGGCUUCUUGUUUCGAUCUCUCACUGCCAACGUAACUCGCUAUCUGGCGUAUGGAGCCGGUGCAAAUGCACCGUCCGAGAACAAGGCGUGGUACUUCUCGGGGAUGCAUUCUCCCACGUUUGAAGAGUUCUUCACCGUGGGCGCCAGGCCGGCGGCUACCAACGUGUCCAACACCCUCAUUACCCUUGAUAUGACCAGGCAGGGGUUUGAAAGAUGGACAAACGAUACACUGACGGGCGGUGUCCAAGGACGAGCUAAUCCUGAGCUCGUAUGGGUCCCUGUUGGAAAGCAGGGGAUACUCGUUGCCAUUGGCGGAGUGGUCUACCCUGAUUUCCUAGAUACAUCCGCAAAGUCGCCCAACAAGACGGGAAGCGAGUCAGAGAGCCCCAAGUUCUUGUCGACGAUCGACAUCUACGACGUAGCAAGCAAGAACUGGUAUCAGCAAGAGACGACUGGCGGACCAUCCACUGGUCUUACCAGGGGCUGUGCCGUCGUAGCUCCGGCGCAAGACAACUCCAGCUUCAAUAUAUACUGGUAUGGGGGGUACAGUGGUAUCAGUGGGACUGACCCCUUCAGCGACGAAGUCUGGGUCCUCUCUCUUCCAAGUUUCGUAUGGAAACGAAUCUCCGAGGGCAAGCCAGGCCAUGGGAGAGCCGGCCACAAAUGUUUCCUGCCCUAUCCGGACCAACUGAUGGUAGUAGGCGGCUAUCCGUCCAAGUCCACCAGCAACUGUGUCGAUGGUGGCAUCAUACAAUUCUUCAACUUGAACACGAAUUCGUGGCAAACCUCCUACGAUCCCGCCACAUGGAGCAAAUAUGAAGUCCCAGAGGCGUUAUACAAGGUUAUCGGGGGCUCAAAGACGGGGGCCGCCACCAUGACCACGCCGACGCCCUCGGGAUGGACAAACGGCGAUCUAUCCAAGGUGUUCGCUUCGCCAUACCCCUACUCGAAAAUCAAGGCUUACUAUCCAUACCCAUCUGUUGGUCCCGACAAGAACGCCACCAAUCCCAACCUUCCCCAGAAGGACAACGGCUCAGGCGUGCCCAAGUUCCUACCGCCUCUUCUGGGCGUCAUAUGCGGCCUCAUGCUGGUCACGGCCAUUGCGGUGGGCAUACUGCUCUACAGGCGCCGCAACCUUAUCAAAAAGAACCCGAACCAGAGCGAGAGAGGCUCAGAAGACCCCGGCAACAGGAUCAUCUCGUGGAUCCGCGGGCAGCCCACCGAGAAGGCAGCCACCACAACCACCUCUGACGAGGGGGGCCCUCCUCACACUCCGCCCAUGAGCAUGAGCACGCCGGACGGCCGCCCGACCCCCCACUCGGAACCGAGUGAGCUGCCUGAUUCAAUGGUCGCCGAGCUAGGCGACACAUCGACCCCCCUACCAGCGGAGCUCUCAGAGACGGGCCUGACGCCGGCCGAGAUCGUCCAGCGGCACAGCCACUUCGCCCACGGCGGCGGCAACAGCCUCAACAACCCGUCCCAGUACUCCAACGUGACCCAGACCGACCACGCCAGCACCGUCAGCCGCUCGACCGGCGCGAACCCGCCCGCGGCGGCGGGCGGCGCGGUGGCGGGAGGAGGAGGGAGCACCGUCAGCGACCCGCGGCCCGACUCGCCGCCCCUGGGCGCCGCCGGUGGCAGGGGCGCGUCGGGCGUGUCCGGCGUCAGCGAGGGCGACCGCCAGCACCUCCGGCAGGUCAGCGACACGACCGUCGAGUCGGUGGCGCUGCGGGGCGGCGGCCUGCAGAGCGCGCCCGUGUCGCCCGAGCCGGAGCAGUCGUCCGUCUUUGGCACACUGACGACGACGCCCGGGAUAUCGCCCCCGUCGCCGGCGGCCGACGCCGAGGACUACCUGAGCGCGCGGCGGAUCACGGAGACGAGCAUGGGGCAGGGCUCGCCGCUGCCGUCGCCGCCGCUGCCGCUACCGCUACCGCAGGGCGGCAGGGGGGAGGUCCCUGGGCGGAAGAGUGCCUUCUAUGAACACGACGGGGACGGCACGGACUUGAACAAGUGA